AUGCGAGAGAAAUAUGGCAGAGAGCGAAUGGUGCCAAUCAACCCCAGUCUCACCCAAACAGGGAUGCUGACAAAAGCCCUUCUGCCUCCAGCCACCAGGGAGCGCCCUCCAGGGUGUAAGACGGUAUUUGUUGGUGGUCUGCCCGAGAACGCCACUGAGCAGCUCAUCGUGGAGGUCUUUGGACAGUGUGGCGAUAUAGCUGCCAUCAGAAAGAGCAAGAAAAACUUCUGCCAUAUCCGAUUUGUUGAGGAGUUUACUGUAGACAAGGCUCUCCUCCUCUCUGGUUACCGUAUUCGUUUGGGCUCCAGCACAGACAAAAAAGACUCCGGACGUCUCCACGUGGAUUUUGCCCAGGCAAGAGACGACCUCUAUGAGUGGGAGUGUCGGCAGCGCAUGCUGGCCAGAGAGGAGAGGCACCGGCGCAAGAUGGAGGAGGAUCGCCUCCGGCCGCCCUCCCCUCCUCCCAUCGUCCACUACUCUGAACACGAAUGUAGUGCGCUUGGAGACAAGAUCAAAGAUGACAAUAUGUUUCCUGAAUCAGUGCGUGUGCUCUUGACCUGGCUGGAACGAGGUGAAGUCAACCGCCGGAAUGCCAACAACUUCUACUCCAUGAUCCAGUCCUCCAACAGCCAUGUCCGCCGGCUGAUUAGCGAGAAGAGUCAGCAUGAGAAGGAGAUGGAAGAGGCCAGAGACAAGUUCAAGACCGCGAUGGCCGCCAUACUGGCUCAAUGUGAGUCCCCUCUGCUCAAACUGCCUUAA